CCUGGAGCUUACCCCAGGGGCACUUUAUAAGGGACGCCCUGCAGAGGUGAGCGUAGCUGCUUCUCCUUGGGGUGACGGCGAAGGCUGAGAGGUGGCGGGAGCCCCACUUCAGAGGCGAUCCCCCCGCGCUCAAACAACACCCCUGAGUAAGAGCAAAAGGCACCUCACGAACCGCAACCAUGAACGGGACAGAAGGCCAAGACUUCUACGUGCCCAUGUCCAACAAGACCGGGGUGGUGCGGAGCCCCUUUGAGUACCCCCAGUACUACCUGGCUGAGCCCUGGAAGUUCUCGGCGCUGGCUGCCUACAUGUUCAUGCUGAUUCUGCUCGGCUUCCCUGUCAACUUCCUCACGCUGUACGUCACCAUCCAGCACAAGAAGCUCCGGACACCUCUAAACUACAUCCUUCUGAACCUGGCGGUCGCUGACCUCUUCAUGGUCUUUGGAGGCUUCACGACCACCAUGUACACUUCGAUGAACGGGUACUUUGUCUUUGGAGUAACAGGGUGCUACAUUGAAGGCUUCUUUGCUACACUGGGCGGUGAAAUUGCUCUCUGGUCGCUGGUUGUCCUGGCUGUCGAAAGAUACGUAGUGGUCUGCAAGCCCAUGAGCAACUUCCGCUUCGGGGAGAACCAUGCCAUCAUGGGCGUUGCCUUCUCCUGGAUCAUGGCCUUGGCGUGCGCAGCUCCCCCACUCUUCGGCUGGUCCAGGUACAUCCCCGAAGGCAUGCAGUGCUCAUGCGGGAUCGACUAUUACACUCUGAAGCCAGAGAUCAACAACGAAUCUUUCGUCAUCUACAUGUUUGUGGUUCACUUCAUGAUCCCGCUGACGGUCAUUUUCUUCUGCUAUGGGAACCUGGUCUGCACUGUCAAGGAGGUGGACCUGCCAGUGGCGGGGGGGGGGGCCACCCCUGUCCCCCAUGCUGGGAAGGGGCCCACGCCAGGCUCCAGACUG